AUGCUUUCUCUCCCCCUAAUCUAUCCCCACGAGACAGACUCAACAUGGUUGGGCGGCUCACACCAACCACGCGCCGAUUCCCCUCCACCCGUCAACGGACAAACACCGCACCAAACACACCGACAGCGUCAGCUGCGCGAAGGAGAAAAGAAGCAGCAACACGCAAGAAGCCCACUCGCAAUUCUUGCCGCGGAAGAAGCUGCAAUCCGCCAACGAAAAGCAGCGGUUAGAGGCUUCGGAGCGCAAUGGAUCCGACCGAUUGGCUUCCCCAAGACACUACAAGCACAGACAGAAGAAGAGCUCGAAAGGCUGGAGCUGCUGGAAGAACAGCGGCGGAAUCAAGGUCUAGACGAUCUACAAGCACAACAGCAGCUACUCGAAACACAACAGCAAGCUCAAGAACACGCUGCACAAGCCGAAGCUGGAGAAGAGGACGGAGACGAGGAUGAAGUGGAUCUAGAUGCAGAAAUCCCCGACGCAGAUGCCACUAACGCGGACCUCACAUUCAACGAGGAGAGCAUGUUGGAAGGCAGCCAGGUCGAUCCUGCUGAACGCGAGGCUGAUGAAUACGCGGAGAUGGAAGAGGCCGAACUCACCGGCGCAGCGAGAGACGAAGAAGAUCUCGAUAUKGAUCUCGAUAGAGACCUGGACGACUCGGUGCCAGAGGCGGGAUCCUACCAGCAUACCGAUACUGAGCUGGAAGAGACGGACUCGGAGUCUGAGUUGCAGGAAGACUCAUUCACGAAUCGGAGCGCUGCCAGAUCUGCUAGAAUGCCUGCGCCUGUUAAUCGACCAAGCUUCGAUGCACAGCCUCUGGCUGGUGGACUACAGGAGAGAAUGCGAGCGCAGGUCGGUGCCGCAGAUUUACUACCCAGAAGUCCUGGAAGCUUGAACUUGUCGAGCUCGAUCUUGGAUAGUUCUAUGAUUGGCAGCAGUCCUGUCCUACAGCGGAACAACACUGGCGGAAGAGGCCGAUCGACUGGUCGCCGUGGUCGUCUUAGCUGA